AAAGCUGUUAGCCUAGCAACGGGACCUGUCUGUGAGUGCUCGUCACUGAGCGUAUAUUUUUAUGCAAAUAAACCAGUUAAAGGUUUUUUAUGUUAACUCUAAGAGUGUCUUCCCAUCAUUUACCGGAACCGGAAGUGCUAGUGGGAAAGUUGUUAGCCUAGCAACGGGACCUGCCUAUGAGUGCUUGUUACCGAGCGUAUAUUUUUAUGCAAAUAAACCAAUUUAAGGUUUUGUGAUUAUGUCUUCCCAUCGUUUACCGGAACCGGAAGUGCUAGUGGGAAAGCUGUUAGCCUAGCAACGGGACCUGCCUAUGAGUGCUUGUUACCGAGCGUAUAUUUUUAUGCAAAUAAACCAAUUUAAGGUUUUGUGAUUAUGUUUUCCCAUCGUUUACCGGAACCGGAAGUGCUAGUGGGAAAGCUGUUAGCCUAGCAACGGGAUCUGCCUGUGAGUGCUUGUCACCGAGCGUAUAUUUUUUAUGCAAAUAAACCAGUUAAAGGUUUUUUAUGUUAGUAUUACUCCCUCGCAGUAGCAUUAGCUGGCUAAAUUAGCGAGCUGGCCAGUUUCCAAGGCAGCCUGUCUGAGUCUGAGAAGAUGGAAGCGCUCUCCAAGCCUUUCCUGAUCUGUCUGGCUGUACUCUUGCUUGUUUUGGGAAAUGCCUCAGCUUCCGAGUUCAAUCCGUACAGGGUGCUCGGAGUGUCUCAACAUGCCAGUCAGGUUGAAAUCAGGAAGGCUUACAAGCAGCUUGUCAAAGAGUGGCAUCCGGACAAGAACAAAGAUCCAAGUGCAGAGGACAUGUUUAUCAAGAUUACUAAGUCCUAUGAGAUCCUGUCGAGUGAGGAUCGCAGAGCAAACUAUGAUCGCUUCGGCCAGACAGAUGAGAACCAACACCACAACCAGGCACCGCAUGGUUUCCACCACUUCCACGACAGUUUUUACUUUGAUCAGUCGUUCUUUCGCUUCACACAGUCCACUCGAGAUUUCACAGACAGCAAGCACCUGCUUCAGUAUGAGAAGUAUAUGAAUGAAGUGGUGCCGGAUAGCUUCAAAAAGCCCUACCUGAUUAAAAUUACUUCAGAGUGGUGUUUCAGCUGCAUGCACAUUGAGCCCAUCUGGAAAGAAACGGUUCAGGAUUUGGAGCCACUAGGUGUGGGAAUUGGCGUUGUGGAUAUUGGUUAUGAGAAGCGUCUCGCUAAUCAUCUCGGAGUCCGUGGCGCCCCGUCCAUUCUGGUGCUCAUCAACGGCAGAGUGACGUCCUUCCACAACGCCGUGUCCCGAGAGAACCUCAGGCAGUUUGUGGAAAGCUUGCUGCCACAUCAGCUAGUGGAGAAGGUGACGGACGAUAACUACAUACAGUUUUUGAACGGUUGGCGGGAAGAGAACAAGCCUAGCGUCCUACUCUUUCAUGUUGCUCCUUCAGCACCUUUCCUUUACAAGCUGUCUGCAUUUGCAUAUCGGGACUUCGUGCGGUUUGGGUACGUAGAUCACAGUGGGACGACACGUAUCCAGCAGCAGUUCAGCAUCGACAUGUACGCUCCCACCAUGCUGCUGUUUAAAGAGAACACCGAGAAACCUGCAGAUGCUAUCCAGUCCAGGGGAUUGAAAAAGCAGACCAUCGACGAGUUUGUGUCUAGCAACCGUUUCCUGCUGGUGCCUCGACUGGUCAAUCAGAAGCUCUUUGACGAGCUGUGUCCAGUCAAACAGUUCCACCGCCGUCGCAAAUACUGUGUCUUGCUCAUCACUGGGGAGGAUGAGACUUUUGUGUCUGUGAACGGCGCCUUCUUUGACUUUGCGUCUUCUAACACAAAAGAGGUGGUGAGAUUCGCCUACGUCUAUCAGAGGCAGCAGCAGCCUCUCUGUGAUACGCUGCUCAAAAAGGGAGACAUGAGGCCACCCCAGGUCAUCAUUCUGGAGAGGCGGAGUGCCACAGGAAAGGUGCUGUACCGGACAGUGACAGGUGGCUGGAAUGGGAGUGACGAUGAUAAGCACCGCCUCCACAAGCAGCUGGAGCUCCUACAGAGAGACCCGACUUUUCUGACCUAUGACGCCAUGCUGCCCGAACUCAAUAAUGAGCUCGCCUCGAUUUUUCUAAUUCGUUGGUUGAAUGCUGCCUGUGAUUACAUUUCUCAAGUCUACUUUGACGUUCUCUACUCAAACUGGCGAGAGGUGAUGCCCAUUGUAUCUCUGAUCUUCUCUGCGCUUUUCAUCCUCUUUGGCACCGUCAUCAUUCAGGCUUUCAGUGACACAGAGGAAAAAACGGCCAAGCGGAAGGCUAAAGAAUCCCAAAAGGCAGCAGGAAGCUCUUCGGAUACAGAAAACACAUCCAGCCGUCCUUCAAAGAAGAACUUUGUAGAGGUAACAGAGUUGACAGACAUGACCUACACAAGCAAUCUAGUGAAGUUAAAGCCAGGACACAUCAAUGUGGUGCUGGUGCUCACAGAUGCAUCCAAACAGGUCCUGCUGAAGAAGUUUGCCAAAGAAGUGUACUCAUUUUCAAGGUAUCCGACUCUUCACUACUCCUUCUUUAACACUAACAAGCACAGUCGGUGGAUGGACUCACUCCUGCAGUUGGCGCCCUCUGCCAGGCUUUCAGAAGACGAGGAAGAAGAGGGCGUGUCCUCCUGUAAACCAGACUACACUGGCCAUGUGCUGGCCCUUAAUGGCCAUAAAAAGUACUUUUGCCUUUUCAGGCCCACGUUCACCAAGGACAAGGAUGACACUGUAAAGCUCCAGCACAAGCUGGACCGGCUGAACCUAUGGAUGGAGAAGCUGACAGAGGGCACGCUGCCCAGGCAUCACAUUCCUGCCUGGCCUGAUCUGCACACCACAAGCCCUAACAAAUAAAUAGGUGGGUUUGAAACCUUGUGGGAGUUUCUUAAAUAUCAGGUCUGGACUCCACUGUGUGGUUUGUGUGUACGAUAGAAAGCAGGAGCUGUUGAUGUUUGGCUGGGAGUUGACCACAGGUACAUUCUGUGUGUAGUAUGUGAGGCUUGAUUAGAAAAUGUACUUGUGCAGAAAGUUCUUCAGGAUUAUGCACUGGCCGAGUCUUUCCCUCGUGGCAGCACCAGGUACGCACUUUUUGCUGCCAGAAGGAGCUGCACUACCAACCAAUCUUGCAUAUUAUUUUCAAUGUGUGUGUGUGGGGGGGGGAGAUAGUCUUUGGACUUUAUUUUAGCUGCUGAUUUAUGCUGUAGAAGCAUUCACAGGUCGGUUCAUGCACAGGCAAGAGAGGAAAAUUCUGCCAGAAUGAAAGCGCAUAUACAUGUAACGACUGAAAGUUGUUCUAGGAUCAGGUCCCACAUGUUUAUUGUCAAGACAUGAGCUCUGUAACGAUAAAAGACCACUUUUGGGAUGAUGUGUACACUCUAGGAAAUUAUUGCACUUUGUGUGCUGGAAAUGAUCUCAUUUUACCCACAAAUGCUGUUUUAGAUGUAACUCUAAAUUAGAGUAUGUACAUGAUCUGUCCAUUAUUUUCCUAAGAAUAUUAAUAUCACUAUUGCUCAUAAUACGUGGCUUGAUCGUCUUUUACUACUGAGUGCAUUAAGGAACAGAAACGUCCAGCGUGUUUGUAGAAUCUUUACUCCACAGCGAAUGAAAAGCCGUGAUAGGUCAGUAGUGUUUUUAGCUGAUGAAUGCGCUUUCAAAUGAACAAAACUAUAUAUAUAUAUAACCAAACAAAUCCUGUUCAAAGCAUUAUUACUUCUCCAUUUAUGAGUGAGUUUGUGUGUUCGAGUUGUUUGCAUGGAAAAAAAAGCCUUAUGGUUGCCACGUUUUGCUUUGACUUCUAGCAUGUAGCCCCUUUCUUUAAAUUUCACCACUUGGACCAUGUAAACGUCUCACUUUUACAUUUUCCCGUGCGUAAAUCAUCAUCCAAAAAUAAUUUAACACAAGUGUGUUUGACGAGUUUACUUACACUGCAUCUAAACUAUUGAUCCUCUUUUCAGAGGUUAACCGAAUACCAUCCUGACCUCAAAAGAUUUUGUUAGAUGAUAUCAUAAUUUAAAGAAAGAUAUAUUUAAUUUAUAAGAUGACGCAUUGUUUUUGUUUGGUCUGUGUCUUAUUCAUAAUGUUUUAAUUUAAAUAAACUCUAAACAGUACAAAA